AUUAAUUCUAAGAAUAUAUUACGAUACUAUUAAUGCUACGAUACUAAUGUACACCCAAGUACGAUAGAGGAAACACCUGUCACAGCAACCAAUGUUUAUGUUUUAGCGCAGUACUCUUUAAGAUCCUUGGAUGAUCAGAAGUGUUACUAUUUCUCGUAAACGUAUAAAUAUAUCGUAUGAUAUAUUAUAUAUUUUAAUAUAUAUAUAAUGUGAUAAUAUAUCGUUAAAAAAAAGAACGUUUUCAUUGUUAACUGACAAGUUAAUUAUUUUAUAAAUCCAGUGAAAGUCAAUUUAAUAUAUUUUAUUGAACACGAUGUUAGAAACACGUUCUGCCGUAUUUAAAAUAAUGAAAACUAACGCUCAUGAGGAACGACAGAUUAAAAAAUGGCCACCCCCAUUUUCUUCAGCGAUAACUCCUUAUUGCGAAAGAGAUUUUGAUGAUGUCGUUAAACGAACCUGUGCAGAAAAAUCUCUUACUCUUCGAAUAUCGAAAGUAAUUGUCAUUGGAGACGUAGCAGUCGGAAAGACGUCAUUAGUAAAUCGAUUUUGUCAUAAACUCUUUGAUAAUAACUAUAAGGCGACUAUCGGAGUAGAUUUCGAAGUCGAAAGGUUCGAUCUUCUUGGCGUACCAUUUCACUUGCAGAUAUGGGAUACGGCUGGACAAGAGCGUUUUAAAUGUAUCGCUGCUUCUUAUUAUAGAGCGGCUAAUGCGAUAAUAAUAGUCUUUGAUGUGGGAAAUUUAAUGACUUUGGCACAUUGUCAACAAUGGUUAACGGAAGCAUAUAAAAGCAACACUAAUCCUUGUCAUGUUUUUUUAAUUGGUACAAAAAGAGAUUUACUGUCGAAUCAAGUAUACGAAAUAAUCGAAAAUCGAGCAAUAGAUGUGGCAAAACGAAUGAGAGCCGAAUAUUGGACAGUUUCAGCAAGAACGGGAGACGGUGUGGCAGAAUUAUUUGCAAGGGUCGCUGGUUUAUGUUUUAAUGCGAUGGUUUUACGAGAAUUGGAAAUUAAUAAAACAAUACCAAUGAAUAUCGGCUCGGAUCUAAUAACAUUGAAAAAUAAAUCUAUGGAAAACAAAGAAAAAAAGAAAAACAUUGUAUCGAAAUGUUUUGAUUGUUCCAUAUAAAUAAAUAUAUCGAUUUCAAUGAAUUACAAAAGAUUGACGAAAUACAUUAUAAAAUGUUACAAACUAUUAUAUAUAUUGUUACUUCCGGUAAUUUCCAAGACGAACUGCCGAGUGUAAAAACCGAACUAAACCGAACCAGUAUUGCUUCUUCUUCCCAUCUUCAUGAAGAAAAAGAGGAAGAAAGAACUAAUGGGAUCGUUUAUCAUUUACGAAAAACUUCAAAACGCACAAGUGAAGCGAGCUUAAAAUUUUGUGUUGUGUGUCAGCUUGUAAAUUCAGUAUCUCGAAAGUAAGAACCAGACGCUCGGCAACCUUCGGCAACCUUCCGACCGUGACACUCGAUUUGCCAUCAUUGUCGAUCGUAAUUCAUCGCAACUGAAAUUCUUUUCUUUUGCCUCCUGUUAUAUAUUCUCCUUCGGACGCACGCAUAUAGAUAGACAGACAAUAAUACCAUACUAACUAUUAUCGGUCUAGUUUUCCAAUCUUAAAAAGUAAUAAUUUCAAUAGGUCAGUCAAUUGAAUCGUGAUCAAAUUUUUCAUAGAAGAUCCAUCAUUAAAUCAACUUCAAACAAGAGUUAUUCAGCAUCACGUUAUUCGUACAUUGUCCUUUCGUACGUAAUUCGCAAACUCGUUAACCGUUCGAAUUUUGAACUAACAGUGUUUCUUUGGUACAGUGUCGUUUCUAAAGAGAAAAAGGGGAAAAAAA